AUGGCAGCAGUCGCCACUCUCCCUUCUUCAACCCUGCAAGCUGACACUGGAGUUUCUAUACCUUUUCGAUGUCGAGACCUAAGAACUGGUAACGAGACGAUCGUGUCUUCUAGUUACAACACUACAAGCGACUGUGGACCAACAGCGAGUAUCUCAACUAAGAUCAAUUGGUGGAACCUACCUGAUUAUCUAAGAUUACCUGACGUUUCAAGGGAUGAUACGAAUUUAAAGAAAAAUAUAGAUAAAAUCUGCAAACAAGAUGAAUCUUUUCAAGUCACUUUACCACCUGAUGUAGCAUUUGAGAUAUCGAGAAAGAGACGAGGAUAUGAAAAAACAUUUGAGAAAAUGACCAAAGAAGACGGUCCAGACAAAGUCAUUGACGUGAUGCAACAUGUCAAAAAACAGACUGAAUCAUUCGUAUCUGAUUGGUCUAAAGGAAUCAUUCAACCAAAUACCGAUAUAUCAGACACUAAAACUGAGAUCAAUCCUUUCAACGUGGAAGAUUUCUUUGAACUAAGACCUGAUUUAGCUAGAUCAACAGAAGUCAGACAGGCAGUCAAAGGUAUGUUUGAAAAUUUGGACCAAGGUAAAGUCACUGGAUUUGGAUGCAAUCUGGAUACUACUUCUACCAAACGAAUGAAGAAGUUGGAAGAGGAUUUGGACACCACUAUCAAGAGGUUAAAAGGAAGAGAAAAGGCGUUUGGUUAUGAUAAAUGGCAAGGAGACAGAAUUGGAUCUGCGAGAAAAUCAUAUGUUAAAUGGUUAACGCAUGCCACAAGUGGAACUGAAACAGACGAUAACAAAUCAUCAAAACAAACACCUUCUUCUUCUCAAGGUAAGGAUACUAUGACGGGAAGUAAUUCCAGUUCUUCAACGACUGUGAACGGGAAGAAGGAAACACCACUGAGUCUACUCAAUCUCGAUACGCUUCUUGAGUUUGUACAUCUCGCUUCAGAUCCAAGCAUACGAGCGGCAGUUCAAAAAGCUAUAAAAGGCGAAUCAUGCAGUGUCAGCGUUUCAGAAGAAGAUUCCAUGAAAUUAAUUCAAUCUCAUACACUUUCUCAAGAAACAAUUUCAAAGCUGGAAGAAGAAGGAGAAGAAGAUAGUAUUCGCGAUUUCAUGAAAGCUAAAGUCCAAAGAGUCGGAAAAUCAUUAGCUAAAUGGGGAAGCUUGAAAGAUACUAGUAAAGAUGAUAGCACUUCUAUUCCCACCACUAAUGAUCAAACCAAUCAUCCACCUUCUUCUUCGUAA